AUGGUGGUGGAGAUGUCGCCCAGCAAAGUAUUCCCACCCGACUUGAUCCUCGCCCUGGCCGCGUCUCCUCGGCAGUGGCUCGCCGCCUCGGGGCCCGCGGGCCCUCACGUGGCCGACUCCGCGCGCCGCGGCGACGGUUCCUCCCCGGUGGCGCGGGCCGCCUGGCGGGCCGCGGCCGCGCAGCUGUCUGGCCGCUCCGCGGCAAACAUAUCCCUUCUGAGCCUCAUGUACGCGCUCAACAACCAGUUGUCCUUCUUCGUGUACACCAUCGUGGACCCUGGAACGGUGUUCUUGUUCAAGGCGGCAGGUGUGAUCCUGGUGGCUGUCACGCAGUGCUCCCUGUCUGGCAGGGAGUUCAGCGCCGGGCAUUGGCGCGCCAUGGCGCUGCAGGUGCUCGGCAUGGUCGUCGUGCAGUACGAUCCCUGCAGUGGCCGACUCGCGUAUUCCGUGCAGGCGUACGCCGAGGCCCGGGAGCGGUCCCCGCGAGUGCCUGGGGCCGGCCUGGGGAUGGCCACCGGGCCCUCGAGAAAGAAGAAGCAGAGGGGCCCCUCAGGCUCAUCGACCGCGCCCCCUGUCGCGACCAUGCUUGCUGCCGAGCCUGGAGCUGCCGAGCGGCCCUCCCCGGAUGUUGGAGUCCGCGCCCGUGGCGGCAGCGUCAGCCAUUCCAGCCCCGCUCCCGCAGUGCGGCGACUGAUGCGGGAGUUAAGAAUGACGCAGCUGGAGCCUAGUUGGGGGGUUGCCGCCGCCCCAGUCUCGGACGUGGACCUGUUCAUCUGGCACUGCAACGUUGCCGGGCAGCCACCCCAGGGAGGGCCUCCGGUGGUCCUUCACCUCGAGCUGACCUUCGCCGAGGACUAUCCGAACCGUCCGCCGAAAGUCGAGGUGCUCGGCAGCAGCGUCAGCCACCCCAAUGUUUUCUCGACGUUCAUCUGCCUCGACAUGCUCGAGGGUGGGGAGUGGGCAGCCGACGCAGAGAAGUUGCGCCCUUACACUGGUUGGAGCAGCGCCUAUAGCAUCCUCGCAAUCUUGCGCCAGCUCCAGACCUUCUUCUUCGAGGGUGAUGGGACACAGUGGUGGGCAUGCACUCGAUGCACCCUGUACAAUCCGAUCAAGGCCAGGCGCUGCGAGGUGUGCCGCCACUGGUUCCACCUCCCAUGCAGCCUGGAGUUGGCGGUGAAGAGGUGCCCCCUCUGCCGCGCGAGCUUUGACGGUGUCGCGGAGCGGAAGCGCCAGGCCCCCGCGAGCCUCCUUGCGGGCCGCGGUGCCCUGCUGCCGUCCCCGGUGCUGUGCGGCGCAGCGCGGGUGCGCAUGGCUCAACUAGUGGGCUGGCCCCCGGCCCUGGUCGUGCUCGUCAUGUCCUUCGUGCGGCGGCAGGAUCGGUCCGCCCUCGCCGCCGCCGUGCCGGCGUGGCGCGAGGCGGCGCAGGCCCCCGCCUUCUGGGAGUCGCAGGAGCUGGAGUGCUUCCACGAGAAGACGGGGCCCGAUGUGGACACCAUCGGCAUCGGCAUCCACGCGGACGGGCGCGGCAGGCUGGCGAAGCUGGUCGCCCACUUCGAUGCGGUGUCGCUGACUGCCUGGCGCGGCGGCCUGCGCCGCGCCGCCUGGAAGGAGCCCAUGACGCACUGGUUGCCCCUCUUCGUCCACAGCGCACACGCGAAGGAGGCGGCGCCGCAUCUGCACGAGAGCCUGCGGCUCCUGGCCCAGUGCACCCCAGGUGGGCACGAGUCCCACCUCCCCCCGCCCGUGCUCCACAGCUUGGCUGCCGCCGAGGCCCCUGCAGCGGCGGCCAACGCGGCUGCGGUGCUCCCAGAGCUCAUGCACCAGCUCCUCAAGCAGGUCCUGGACGGUGACCGGCAUGCCUCGCUGAAGCUGCUGAAGGGCUACUUUGUGCUGCACCGCCUCUUCCUCCACGUGUGCGACGAGUGGCCCGCAAUCCGGGAUGCGGCCGACGCCGCCUUACGGGUGUUUGCGGAGUCCGCGGAGCAGCGUGCCAGAAGUGUGAUGCCAUGGCUCGCCUACAUCCUGCAGCUGCUGACGAUCUCGAAUGUCGGCUGGGAGGAGGUGCGGGUGCCAUACAUCGAGGAGAGCUUUGCAAGGCUCGUGCCCAUGAUCCGCGCCGCUCAUCCUAACUGGCGCCCCGUGGACCCCGACGCCGUUGAGGCAUCGCAUGCGGCACCGCCCAGCGAUCCCUUCCACGAGUGGCAGUUGUCAGAGAGCGCGCACGGCUGCGAGAGAGAUCCUGGGACGGUUGGGGCACGGGAGUUGUCGCCCGGCACGUGGCUGGGCCGCCCCCGUGGGUGGUGUUGCUUGACAGGGGCUCCCAGGUGCGCCCGCGGCCGGCAUGCGAUCUCUGUCCGCGUGCUCCGCUUGCCGGCGGACGCGGUGCUCGGAGUGCUGCGCAUCGGCUGGACGGCCGACGAGGACGAUGGCCCUCUCGGCGGCUGGUGCUACUACGCCUCGCGGAGCUGCUUCGGCGGCCGCGGCUGGAAGGUGCACGGAGCGCGGGGCUGGACCGGGUAUGGAGAGGGCUUCCGGGAGGGCGACAUCGUGACGGGUUGCGUCGACCAGGGCCGCCACGGCGGGGACCUGGGGGUCGCCUUCCGUGGGCCCGUGGGCGCGGAGUACCGGCCCGUGGUCGCCCUGCGCCGGCGGGCCGAGGCGGGGUAA